UCAAAGCCACAACCAAAGUCUAGAUAUUGUAAAUACAGUCGCCGCUGCUGCCAUCAACGACACAAGCGCCGUUACAGCCGUCAAAAUGCGUGAAGUGAACGGUCAGUUGCGCGGUCUGCUCAAAAAACCGAAUCGUCCGCCGCCGGCGCGUAAAAAUCGUGUCGUCUUCGAUGAGACACGCAACGAAUUCUUCGAGGCGGAUUAUAUUAUUUUGAUACGUGAGGAUUGCGCCUACGAUGAGGAGGACGAGGAGCCGUGCACGUGCGGCGAACACGAAUUGGUGCGUUUGUGCUGUGAGGAGGGCUGCCAAUGUAAUUACUCCGCUACGGUGGCUGCGGGCGUUGGAGGCGGGGGAGGUGGUGUUGGUGGGCCCGGCGAUGAAACACGCACACCGCAGAGUCCCAAAUACGCGCCACCUAUUGAAUUUGUCGAUGAGGCCGCACUCAGUCCGCCCGAUGGCUACAAGGACAAUGGCUUAAAGAAUACCCUCGGUGGCGCGCUAAGCGGUCACAUCUUUGGCGCCCAACACAUCCAACAGCUACAGGUCAUCCAGAGAUUGCAGCAGCAAAGGGCCGCCAUGCUGGCUGCACGCAAUAAUAAUCAAAUUCCGCCGCCGCCGCCACCAGUUGGCAGUGCAGCACUCAGUCAGCACCAUCAGCAGCAGCAUCAGCAACAACAGCAGCAGCAACAAGCAGGGCAGCAAGCGCAACAACAACAACACCAGCAAUUACAGCAACAACAUUCGCCAGACGAUGACUCGCUGGGCGUUUGCACUGAGUGCGCCGAGUGUGCCGAGUGUGCUGCCAAGCAGCUCCAGGAUACAGGUAAAAAUUAUGCAGACAUUGUUAGCUUUUAAACCCACUUUGCAUGUACUUCAGCCAACACAAUUCUUGUGCUUAUCGUACUUCUACUUAUUAUGUGUUGUUGCUGUUGUUGUUGUUGUUAUUUGCUCGAACACCUGUAAACCGAAACGUGUUUAUGCCGUCGAAAAUCACCGGAUGUUAUGCACACGAGCAUCGCAAUGAGUGCCGUGCGGGUCGCAAUGAGAGGGUGCGGGGCGGAGGGCUGGUUGGUAUGGGCGUGGGGGGCGGUUGCGGUAAUGGAAGUAUGUAUGUGGUUGAAUUAGGAGCUUGUGGUGACAAUGCAAUUAGUCUGACUACACUGACAGUCGACUUUGUUGUUGGCGUUGGUAACUUAUGAUGUGGCACUGGCUGGCAGUCGGCUGUGUCCGCAGGGUUAGCAUUGAGUCGUUCAAACUGGGUUGUGAUUAGGCUGCGCUGGCUGAGUCUGUUGGAUCAACCAUACCUGCAGCUGUGCUUAUGGGCUGCUGCACUUCCUCUCUAAAUGCUGUCAAGGGACUGCCUGCUGUUUGCACGGGCCGAGGUGAAUGCACCGGUCGGUCGGUAUUUC